AUGUCGGCCCUCGAUGCACCGGCGUCAGCCCCUUCGCAUGUCGGCACCGGCAGCACGACAGAUGACGACUCUUUUACACCUCCUCGGGAGAAUACCGCAUCAGGCGUCAGGCCUGGUCCACUCCCGCCUCUUCAAUCCCUUCCCGGCCCGGACGGCACGCACAAGGGCUGGGACGCAACCACCGUGUCCACGGCCAAGUGUGACAUGUGUCACAAGCAGCGCUGUGGCACCAUCCAAAAGUGUUCCGAGUGCAAGCUCUCUGUGUGCAUGGACUGCGCCGUCGCCGACCGCCUGCGAGGUGACGCGAGGCACGCCCUGGAUCCCGAGGCUGUCGACUGGACGGGGCCGCUUGCUUUGUCCAAGCUUCGACGACUCAGGGCGUCCCGGACCGCCAGAGUCGGCGGUGUGCGCCAUGGAACUGCGAGGGCCCUGCGGACACAUGCUCGUGGACGAAGGAGGAGGGCUCCGCCUUGCCCUGUUCCGUCGCGAGCCACGUCGACGUCAUUUUCCUCGCCUGCCACCCCCCUCACCGACGUCGUGUUUCCCGCCCUCGACGACGACGACGACGCAUGGGACGAGGGCUACGGCUGCUGGGGCGAUGAGAAAGAGCAGGGCGUACAGCCCAUCGACGAGGCUGCUGCUGCUGCUGCUGCCGCGCUCUACCACCGGCCUGUGGGCCACGCGACCAAGGCUGCCAGCCCCGUGUCCGCGCAAACGGCCCAUACCGAGGACGCAGCCGAGAUCCUGGCCCAGAUGCCGCGCCGUCGAACCUGGAGCGCCGCGGAGCAGCAACAGAACCCUCGUCUCUACGGCUCCACGCACAGCGUGCUCCUGCCGCCGGUGCGCUCGGUUCCGGAUCCGCGACAGUCUGGUCUCCUCCCUCCGCUGAGGACGCUCCAUCCGCAGCUCGGCGUCGAGAAUGCGCAGCUCCAGCCUUUGAUGCCCGGCAACAGUGGUCCCCUGCUCCCUCGUCCGGUCUCUUCUUGGACGUACGCGCGCCAUGUCGGGAUCGCCGAGGACACGCAGCAAGUGGAGGAUGGGGCUUCCUCGUAUGACUGUCAUAGAACGCAGGGAUACUCCUCGUGGGAUGUGCCCCCGCGGCAGCAGCAGCAGCAGCGUUCUCAUGCAUAUCAAGAUUCAACGACGGCUGCCUCUUACUCUAAUGAAAACGAGGAACCGAACCACUACGGUACUUUGCCGGCGGCGUCGACGGCCCACUAUUCUACCCAGGAGCCGCCGGCGAUCCCCCGCGUCACCAACUUUACCAACUUUGGAGAGUCUUUUACGGACUACAUGUACAAAAGCUGCUUGCCCCCAAGACACGACGGCCGCACUCAGAGCUACGACCCUUCAACCGGCUACCCCCCGGCGGAAUACCAACCAACGACGAUGGCCCCUCGAGCAGGCGCCUACGAACCCUCGCCUACACCCGCCGGCCCGUCUCACGAACCACCACGGCCCACGGUCCAUGAACAAGGCGCCAUUCUCAAGUCCGCCACCCUCGCAAUCCAAGCCGCCGAGCACCUAGACUGGCCGCUCGACUGGUGCCUGCAGCUCGCCCUGGCGCGCACUUGGGCCCAGCGCAUCGGCGAGGAACCGCGCGCCGACGGCCACCUGCACGCCUUUCUAGAGCUGCGCGCCGCCGCCUACGUCGCUGCCCUGGACCUCGACUUGCCCGAGCGGCAUAACGCGGCCAGGGCGUGGCUCUGCGAGCGGCAACAUACCCUCGAGGAUGGCGAAGGGGUGCGGUUUCCAGCGUCGAAUGUGCCGCUGCCUUUGGGCUUCUUUGAGGACAUGGCGGGGAGGGGCGACUUCGAGUAA